AUGGACGAGUACUCCAAGACUAUGCCUGACCCUGAUUUAGAUCCUACUGGGCGCGGAGACAAAUCUAUCUUCGAACACGCUAUUGAAAAUUUCGAAAAUUUUAUUGACAGAGCGAACGGCGGACUGGAUGGUAUCCUUCAGAUGUGUGGUAUUUGUGAUGAGUGGCGUGCUGCAGAUGCCAUCUGCAAAUUCAUGAGGGAAAUGGUAGGGAUGGUGGAAGACAUCUUGUUGCGUCUGGCGGAAGGCGGAGACAGUGAACUAGCAGUUGCCUUCAUGGAGGAGCAUCUCACGCGAUGUGACAAAUCAGUAAAAAUGGCACCACGUAGUUGGCUCUCGGAGGAGCAGCAAACCUUUGUGCUCACCUACCAUGAAAGCUUUCUCGAGUGUAAAAAAAAAGGGAACUACAACUCUUUCUGGCCCCCCUUUUUCAAGAAGUGGGAAGAAUGUUGGCCAAUCACUCUGGAAGGCUCAUUAGAGCCCCUUGAUGAGAACGCAAGACUCAAGCAGAUGGCUAAGGCAAGGGAUGCCCUUCAGACGUGUUUGAUGGUCAAACUACGCAAUGACUUUGGUAAUUCGAAGAUAGGCCGCCGGGCAAACACCGCUGGGAAUACCAUCGUCAGCAAGCUGAUUGGCGAUAUCACCAUCAAGUCAGGCAAAAAGAAAUCGCGCCCCCUCAAUGCAACAGAGGUUUAUGCCAAGAAGUAUUACUCAUCGCGUGUCCAGCCUGCAGUCAAGGAGGAACUCGAUGCCAUGAAGAACGCAGUUGAUGCACCUGAACCCAAAAAGCGGGCGAUUCAGGUUGUCCGCAAACAACUAGCAUCCUGCUGGGAGAACGAAAGUGCGCAGGUGAAGGAAGAGGUCACGAAAUUGGCCCAAGAGAUGAAGGAAAAGAGGAAGAAAGAGAAAGAAGCCAUACCUGACAAGAAGGAGGUGCCGAAGGAGUUGGUUAUAUGCAGACUUACAGAAAUACUGUCCACGUUUUUCACCGAGUUACACGAUUUGACGGGAUGGACAUUCAGCAUCUUACUAGCUGGUCCUGACCCUGCGAACGCCGGCAAACUCGAUGUCAGUAGCCUGCAUAUUGGAACGACCCUUGCUGGCAAUCGGUUCAAUCAAGCAUAUCUGAAAUUUGAGGAGAGUAUCAUGGUGCCUUACUUUGAGUUUGCAUCUCAAGCAUUUCCCGACGCUGCAUUAUUAUUAUCAAAGGGAACCACUACGCCUGACCAGAAUGAUACAUCACUGCCAGACACACAGGCACUGCCAGCCCAUAACUCCCAUAACUCCGUCACAGCUGAUAUAUCAGACACACAGGCACUGCCAGCCCAUAACUCCCAUAACUCCGUCACAGCUGAUAUAUCACUCGCUACCAUCUCUUCCGCAUCCUCUUCCACACCUGAUACAUCACUUGCCACUGUCUCACCCGAUACAUCACUUGCUACUGUCUCACCCGAUACAUUGCUCACUACCGAUACAUCAUUCAUGGCGUCAGUACCAUCCCGGUUGCAAUCCGCUUACAACUUUUUCCAAUUUGAUCCCCCCGAUCUUCAAGAUGACGACGUUGAUCUAGACUUCAACAGUACAAUCCUACCGAUGCCGCCCAACUACAAGCCGCCAUCUCUGUUACCUCCCUCUUCUCCAAUGGAGUUUUCAUCCACUUCCUCUGGAAUGGAUUGGUUUGCUUCUUCGAGAUUAUCUCCUCUAACUUCCACCUCGAGAUUGGGAGACCUUAAUUCUGCUGGUCCCUUGGGACACGACUCUGACAACGCCCUCACAACUUUGCAGAGCCAAGCAUCUCCUCCUCGUCUUUGCCAUAUAUCAUCCAUUCUCACAAAAACUGCAACUGCCAAUUCUUACGCUUCUGCCCCAAACAACAAUCCCUUUGCUCCCAUGGCAACUUCUACUCUCGCGCAUUCUCCAACUUCGGUAGAAAUCCCUUCUGUGCAACCAUCUUCAGUUGUGCCUGAACCUCCCACCAUGGAACCUAUUAUGGCCACUCCUUCUCCGCCUGCCACAGUUGGUAAGGUGUUGUUACAAGUAACAUCGGUCACGUGGCCCCCCUAUCAUUUUCCCCUCAUCCUCGCCCUCACCAUCUACCGGCUCGUCCUCCUUUACCGACUCUCUGUUGACCGGAUCCUCGGGACCGUUCCCGUCCCUCGCAUCAUUCGCCUCUAUGCACGUGCACGCACGUUCCUCUCUUGA